AUGGACUACGAUUUGGCGCGAUUAGAUUAUGCCAUAUGUGGCAUCACAUAUCCGGAUACAUUAAAAAUUUUGCCCCCGUCUGGGCAGAAAAGUGAUCAAAAGUUUGCAGUUGGUGAUAAAAAUGGGGUUUUACAAUGCCUAAGUAUUAAAGAAGAAGAACCGGUAGUGCAGUUCAAAACAUUACCUGGAAAACCCAUAACCGCUGUACAACUUGCGUCUGGAGUUGGUACACAAGCUGACAAAAUUUUCACAGCUUCCGGCAAUGAAGUCAAAGGCUAUACAAGGAAAGGAAAAGUGUUUUUGAGCAUUGAAACAGCGCUUUCCGAGACUAUCACGUCCAUGUGCAUCCUAGGGAGCGACCUGAUACUAUGUAGCGGACGUAACGUGACUUACUACAGGGAUUUGCGUGAAUAUCACUCAUAUAUUUGCGAAGACAGAGUACUCGACAUUGCAGCCUUUGCGAGCCACCGAAUUAGACUGUUAGUGCUUAUUGCUAAUAAGGGAGCGAUAAUCUUAGAAAAUGGAAAACUCAUCUCUCGUACACCUAUAUCCUCGGGUCCCUCUCGUCUGAUUGUUCCAUUAUCUACCCAUGUGACAGAUAUUCAGGCCUUCUUCGGCUCCAGUGAUGGAUCUCUAGGGCUUAUUGGUUACCAAGAAAAUGAAGUGGCGCGAUUAGAAAAGCAGACUUCAAAUGAGCGUGAAAGAUAUCAACGAAGUACACAUUCAUUACAAUCUGGUUUAUCUACACCACCGUUAAUAGAUGUUCAACAUGAGGAAGCAACUUCAGAUCUACUUGCAUCGGUCAGGUGCCAAGCCGGAACACGAAGAGUUUGGGUGAAAAUACGAUACGUUGCAGAUGGCUCUGUCGAAACAAAACUGGGGGGAAUACGUGUACUGAUUUAUGUUUUACCCGCUGGAGCACCCAGAGUUGCACGUCUUAUUACUCUAAAGCUACCCGCACUGCCCUACUAUUCCCAACAUGAACAACAGGAAUGGAACAUGGAAUCACAAGAGAGAGUUUGGUGUCAACUUCACGUAUCUGGAAGCUUCUCUGUAGCUGAGAUAACUUCAUGGCUGACAGAGGCACUCCCAGGUGAACUGCCUCGACCUGCUGCAAACGUAUCUUUCGUUCGUUCCCACGCUCUUCUAAAAACGAUUCUCAUUUGCCAAUAUCAGCGAGGAUCAGCAGUACUUAAAUCUGACAACGUGUCUACCAUUGCUACACUUCGAAAUAUAGUAUCAAACUGUUCAGUAGAGAAAAGUAUUCGAGUGGAUUUGUCUUGUGAUAUUCCGAAAAAUUGUUGUAUGACAUCAUUUAAGUAUUUAGAGGACAAAUUUAAAUUGGAGUAUCAGAAACACAAAGAUAUUAUUUUGAAAAAUGCAAUUAGCCAAAAGGCUUACAUAGGGCUUGACUUCGAGCCACGGAAAUUCGAUAUAUUUCAAACUUCCAAAUUUUUUAGCAAGCUGGACUUGGACAGUUCUAUGAGUGAGGAAGGACCAAUACUAUGUCAAGAUUAUUCUCGGGUUUGGGAUUCUAGGGAAACUAUAAACGGAACGCAAUUUGGCGAGCUUGUAGUUGGUGGUACAAAUAUGACAAAUCAUGACCAGGACCUCGACAAGAGGAAACUGGUUAAGACCCAGUGA